GAUGGAGGAGGACCGGAGUCACAUGACUGAGAGGAUACUAAACUUCACCCUGGAGAUCAUCUACCUGCUGACCGGAGAGAGAUUUCCUCUUCUGAAGUCAGGUGAUCAUAUGACCAUCACAGUGCCUCCAUGUGACUCCCUAAAACCUGAGAGACACAACAUGCAGAAGAUUCUAGAAGUCACCAAGAAGAUGAUGGAGCUGCUGACAGGAGAGAGUGGAAACCUCAGAGAUUAUGAUAUUAUUCUUAAAGAAGAGUAUACAGAAGAGGAUGAGGAGUAUGGAGUCAUAGAGGAGCUUUCUGAAGGACAUCAGGAUCUCUACAAGGACAUUAUGUUGGAGUCAGCUAAUACCAGGAACCCACCAGAGAGAUGUCCCUGUCCUCUGUAUUCCCGGGAUUCCACACAGGAAGGUCACACCAUCCCUCACCAUCAUCAGGGUGAAGAUCUGAUGAAGAUGAAAGUUGAGGGUGAAGUAGAAGAGACGUAUGUGAGGGAUGAUCAGCAAUAUAUGGAGGAGGCUGGAAUGAUGAGGACAUUCAAAGAGGAGGACACUCCUACAGAGAUCAGCACAGGACACGUCAUGGAGGAACCCUUAAAGGAUCGUCUCACUUUACCUCUAAGCUGUAAAAUGGAAGAUGAGGAGAUCACAGGAGAUUGUGCAGAAGAAAAGACAAUGAGCUCAGCUAUGGAUGGUGGACUUCACAGUGUGGAUGGACCAUCAAAUCUCUCUGAC